AUUACUCUCUUGAUCUUAUCGGUCACCAUAACCAGUGUUCAAACCUUAUUAAUGCUUCGCACCUUUCUCCGUCGCUAUUUCAUUUUUUCUGGGUUUUCCCUUGUGCUGUGAAUUUUCUGUCCAUUCUUCCUGGCGCUCGUGCCUGCUCGAGCUCUCCGAGUCAGUGCCAGUGUGUGAACUCUGCAAGCGCCCGUACCACAGGAUUUGGCGCAUGAUCCACACUUUGUGCAUGGUCUGCGUCCAACCCCGACCCAAUUCAGCACAACCGAGGCUCAGGCUUUUCUCCAACUCGAAUCAAGAAUUGAGCAGGAUGCCAAACCCUAGUAAUCACACCUCAACCGCUCCCUGCGCUAUCCAUAUCUCUGGCAUCUCUAUCGAUUUCAGCCAUUCAGAAAAGAAUCUAGAGUCUGCUGAAGCACGGAUCGGCAAAUUUCUGAGGCAAAUUGAUCACGAUGCAGGAAAGACUAUGCGACAGACGUUUUCCCCACCAAUCAAGCUUUCUCUGGAGGAUACGUUUUCCUUACGUUUACAGUACAAGAGACGAUUUCGAAAGAUUGCCCAUGAGGACAUCGAUCUGGAUGACAUACUUCGCACAUCCAAUGCAAGACAAGAAUACCACAAGUCUCAUGACAACAUCAAGAUCGUAGUCACACUUUCCGGGAACACAUUAACCGAGCAUGCAAAGCAACCUGAUUCUGCCUCCGAUACAACACGGGAGCUACGGCCUACCACCGAUGAGAUCGUUCAGAUUUGUCCUCGAUUCCGAAUUCUAGUGAUAGGAAAGACCGGUGUUGGCAAAUCCUCGCUCAUCAACCGCGCCUUCGGAGUACACGAAGCGAUACCUUCGACUCAUAAACCAGGCGAAGCCGACAUCGACCACGAGUUUGUCUCACCGCAGAACGACAGGUUUGUUCUUCACGAUAGCAAAGGUUUUGAACCGGGCGAGGAACGCAACGUGAACAUAGUUCGAGAUUUCAUUGACCGUCGAAAAGAGAUGUCUUUGGAAGACCAGCUGCACGCUGUUUGGCUUUGCUUUGAAAUACCCCGCGCAGGCGGGCGUUUACUGGAGACAGGCACGGAAGAAUUCUUGACAUUGAAGCGUGGUGGAAAGCUUGGGAAUAUUCCUGUCGUUGUUGUUUUCACUAAAUAUGAUAGGUUCAUCAACCGCGUCAAUCGUACUCUAGAUGAGUCAUCUCUCAUGGAAUUGAACCCCAACGCCAUCAAGGAACUCAUCAAGGACAAAGUGGACGCCGAGUUGAAUGAAAUCUGCAUUGAACCCCUAGAGAAAUUCGCAGGACCGGAUGUUCCGCAUGCCACGGUCUCCACAAACAAGGAGCAUGCAGAGACGCUGGCUCGUCUAAUCCAAAUAACUGAAGAGCAUGUUUGUAAGCAUGUUGCGGGCGACGCAUCGGUGAUGACUUCCAUAGCCCAGCGAGUGGAUCCUGGACUCAAAAUUAAAGCAUCAAUCGAGGUUGGCAAGAGAAAAUAUUGGAAGGCACUUACAUCAUGCGCAGCAUUUCAGGACCGUAGGAUGUCGGACUGCCUACGUGUGCUUCACACUGACAUCGUCAAGGUGUGGAACUUCCAUGACCCUCAUCAUUACUUGGAGAGUCGUGAAUUCAGGACUGUGGUGGUAAAUAUGGUCGACACGCUGGAUGUUGGACCUGCUACUAAUCCUGAUCGGACUAUGGCUUCUGGACUGUCUACGGUGGGAGCCGUUGCAGGCAUCGUGGCUGUCCUGGCAGGACCUGUGGCUCCCAUCGUAUUGCCGAUAGCGGCAGGUGUGGUAGUCGCGAAAUGGGUGUACGACGUGUACAAGCUGUCCGGCGUGGUGCUCCAGCGCUUUAUGGCUUACAUUGUUGAUUUGACCCUCGUGCUACAGACACUUCAUCUCCUGUUGGACAGCCAGGAAGUGUCUCGUAGGGUUAUCAAGGUCGCAGUCAAAUCCUAUUGUGAAUCACCAACAAGCGGAGAUGUCCAUAAUCAGAUUCAGGAAUACGGUAGGAAAUUGACGUUCCUGGAACGCGCAGACCGCGAUACCUUGAGUAAAAUCAUCGAGCUAAUGGAAUUACAUCGCAUCGACACAAAGGAGAUUUCCGCUCUUCGAGCACAGAUUCCGACUGUUGAUCUAAUACCAGAUGAGUCAUGGUGAGAUGCGUCUACAGGGUAUAUUUUUACCGCGUUGGUGGGUGUUGUGAGAUUGCAGCUCUGUUACCACUUGCAGUAGUAUCUGAAGUUCCGCCUGACGUACAUCAUACAUAUACCAGAA